GGGGGGAGCCGAGACGCCGUUUGCGAAGGCUUGCCAACCGACACAUCAAAAGACGCCAACCGAGAGACAGAAGUACAGAGGGAACGGAGAGAGAGAGAGCAGUGGAGAGAGAGAGAGAGAGACGGAGAGAGAGAGAGAGACAGAGAGAGCAAAGAGAAGCAUCUGAAUACGGAGGCCAUGAAAUUGGAUCAGCCGGCGACCGUGGAGCAGCUCACUGAGGCCUGCAUCAAAGCGUUUGAUGAGGAGGGAAGGUUGGAAGAUGUGUUUCUGGUGAGGAUGUUCCUUACCAUGCAUCCUUGGUAUCUCUCCUCCACCGACCUGGCCAAGGACCUCUCUGACAAAGCUCUGGAGGAACACUGCACCCCUAAAGUGAGGUCGCAAAUCUGUCAUCUCAUUAAGUACUGGAUCAGUGAGUUCCCCGCAGAGUUUGACCUGAACCCAGAGCUGGCAGAGCACAUCAGAGGCCUGAAGGAAAGCCUUGGCGGGCAGGGAGAUGAGCAGAAGACCAGCCUCAUCAACAUCGACAGUGUUCUCGAGUCUGGCAUCCUCUCCCCUCGUCGAAGGCCGUCGUUCGAGUGGAGAAAAGACUUGGGCCAGAGGAGACAGUGUGACUUCAAGAAGAGGAAGACUUCGCUCCUGUUCGAUCACCUGGACUCGUCGGAACUUGCCGAGCACCUCACCUACAUGGAGUACAAGUCGUUCUGUAGGAUUCUGUUCCAGGACUACCACAGCUUUGUGAUGCAUGGCUGCACGGUGGACAACCCCAUCCUGGAGCGCUUCAUCACCCUCUUCAACAGUGUCUCCCAGUGGAUCCAGCUCAUGGUCCUGAGCAAGCCCACCGCCCCCCAGAGAGCCAUGGUCAUCUCUCACUUCAUCAGAGUGGCCCAGAGGCUGCUGCAGCUGCAGAACUUCAACACCCUCAUGGCGGUGGUCGGUGGCCUCAGCAACAGCUCCAUCUCCAGGCUCAAGGACACGCAGAGCCACAUCAGCGCCGACGUCCAGAAGGUGUUUGAGCAGCUGGUGGAGUUGGUCACGUCCUGUGGGAACUACAGCCGCUACCGCCAGCGCUUCUCCCAGAGUGCUGGUUUCCGUUUCCCCAUCCUGGGCGUGCACCUCAAGGACCUCAUAGCGGUCCACGUGGCGCUCUCGGACUGGGCCGACCCAGAGAAGAGCCAGGUGAACCUGGCCAAGACCCAGCAGUUGUAUGCCAUCCUGCAGGAGUUGGCCCAGAUCCAGACCACGCCACCCAGCGUCGAUGCCAACCCUGACCUGCUGAACUUGCUCCUGGUAUCUCUAGACCAGUAUCAUUCGGAAGAGGAGAUAUAUCAACUGUCUCUGCAGAGGGAGCCAAGGAGCGUCAGACCGGCGUCUGUUCCUAGUCCAUCUGUCAUAGAGCAAUGGGCCACUUCUGUGAGGCCGAAAGCAGACCCCGCCAUCAUCAACAGACACAUCGAGAAGAUGGUGGAGUCCGUGUUCAAGAACUUUGAUACAGACGGCGAUGGCUACAUCUCUCAGGAGGAGUUUGAGAUCAUCCGGACCAACUUUCCAUACCUCUCCGGGUUUGAUGAACUGGAUAAGAACCAGGACGGCCAAAUUAGUCGCGAGGAGAUGAUCGACUACUUCACCAAAGCCAACUCUCUGCUUAACAGCAAGAUGGGUUUCAUUCACACCUUUGUAGAGAUGUCCUGUUUCAAGCCUGCAUUGUGUACCCACUGCUCUGGAGUGAUGUGGGGAUUUUACAAACAAAGAUAUAAAUGUAAAGCUUGCGGGGUGAGUUGCCACAAAGACUGCCGCCGCCACCUCACCGUCGAGUGCCGGAAACGGACAAAGAGUGUCAGUCAGGACGGCCGUUUCUCCCGCCGCUUCCGCUCCUUCAGUGUCCCCGCCGUGGCAGAGCCGCCGCCCGCCGCGACCAGCGCAGUCGUGUCUGAGGGGGAUGACGAGGUGUUUGAUGUCCAUCUUUGAUGAGGAGAAAGGAGGGCCGGGAGGACAGCAGGGCGCGGAGUGGACGCGAAGGUGGACGCUGUAGCAUACUGACGGAGGACGAACGGCGGGAAAGAAUAAUGUUGUGUUUGCCGAGUCGUGAAAAGAGUCAUCUCGCUGAAGUGACUUCAGGACGCGAAACCCAGAAAACUCUGAAGAGCCUGGAAAAAAUGUUCCAAAGCUUUUCUUUUUGAAGUCUCCAUGGCUAGUGCUUUGCUUGCACCUAUGUACCUAUACUUAACAAAGCCACAAAUUACACAUUAAGCCAUUCAGAAAAUUGCCAGGGUAGCUAAGGUGAACAUAUACAGUUGGUCGGUUAGUAGGGAUAUGUAGUCACGAUACCUCACCACUGAAGCCUGCUUGUCUGGUGACGUUUUCUUCUCCACUAGAUGAUGCUGUUUGUGCCCCACCUCUCCUCGAGUACUUCUGGGAUGUUUAGCAUUCUGCGGCGGUUCUCCCCUCCUAGCGCUGUCUUUGUUGCAUUCCAUGGACCGUACGCAUCUGUGAGGUGUCAGACACAUCUAUCAGCGUUUUUUCUAUCACAGGACCCGCUGCUGAGGUAAUGUGGGAGAUGAAAAAGUAGCGCUUUCCUCAACACCAAGUGAAUUAUGGUGGGAAAGUGCAGUGUUUAUGAAAAAUACGUAUAGAAAAAUGCAGGUUGAAACACUGUAUGCAGCAGCACUGUAUAAGCAGCACAGCCACUAAAGAGUUCUGUAUGCCUUGUGUAGGAGGAAGGCCCCCAUUACCUUGUAUCUCUGCGCUCCCUGGAGAACAGCAUUCAUUGACUCAAAGCAGACAUCUCAAAGAUUCUAGAAGGGAGUCCUGAUAUUCUCUUGCGGACAAAAGAUAAUCUGAAUUGCAAUGCCCUAGCCCAAAUAUUCCAACUGACGGCACACAGCAGAAUGGGGAAAUUGGCCAUUGAAUACCACAGCCAUGCACGUGAACAUGUUGCAGCAUGCUCGCUUUCUUUUGUUUUUGUAAACGUUUCGUUGUUUCAUUGAUAUUAAACUAAAAUCAUUUGUGCUGUC